GGUUGAUCUCUUUAAUUGCAUUAUUCGUUAGAUGCCGUCUAUAGGCUUAGAGCUGGUUUAUCCACGUAAUUGUAAGCCUCUAAAUGAUGAUUUGUCGAAAGAAGAAUUAAGAAGACGCUUGACUGAGCUUUGUAAUGCGCUAGAUAAUGUAAUCGAGGAAGAAGGAAAACCAACAGAAACUUCACUAGAUGGGGAAAGAUUAUCACUUUCACAAGAUCACCUGAAAUAUAAGGGAUUAUUUCUCUUACUUUCAUCACCAGAGUUCCUGAAACAUGCAGACAGAGAUAUUCAAUUAAGAGUUGGUGUAUGCAUUUGCAAACUUCUUAAAAUAUUCUGUCCUCAUAACCCUCUUUCUGGUUUAUCAGAGGAAAAAGUACUCACUAAGGAAAUUCUAUUUUUCUUGAUCGAUUGCAUCGGAUUACUUUCAAAUGUAAAAACGAAAACUGAUGCAAUAUAUAUUAAACUUCAUACAAUGAUAUAUAUUUGUGCUCAAAUCGAUGUUUUCAUGUGGUGUGCAUUCCUGGAAGAUGAAUCUGUCCUGCUUGGCUUCGUCAAAAUGGUUUUUGCUAUUGUUAAAAACCUUGAUGUUUGGUCUUGGACAGAUAAUACUAUUGUUCGUCAGAUGGUUCUGGAUAUGACUGUUAAGGUUAUCAUUCAGUCUGAGAAACUCCUAUCUGCUGAAGCAGUUGCUUUUGUGCUCCAGUAUCUAAUAGAACCUGCGAAAAGCACUCAGCCAGCCCAACAUACGUUCGCUCGAGACCUAAUAAUAAGGACCGCUAACCAACUAGAAUAUCAAAUUCAAAUGCUGUUACAAAACUCCCUAAUUAUGGGUAAAUGUAAUGGAACGCAUAUGAAAUCUACAAGUAAACCCAUUCGUUCUUCCGAUAAAGUUUUGGAAGACAGCAUUGAGGAUACCUCUGAUUUGAAUGAUAUUGAAAAUGAUGAGGCAAAUCCUGAUCCGCUAGGAGAGCACGCAUUUCUCAUCAUAUACGCUCUGCACACAAUCCAAAGCAGUAUAGUUGCUCCAGUCCUUCCAACUAUUGAGUUGAAGUUGAAGUCGCCUAUUGUACGUGAGCGUAAACGGUCUUUCAGGCUGUUGGCACUCUUGUUUUCCGAACCGAAUUCUUUACUUCACAGGAGAAAUCCAAGUCUUUGGGAUGCAUUCUUGGGGCGCUUCAAUGAUAUUGAUAGUGGAGUUAGAAAGUUAUGUAUUCACAUGUUGCCUCAGCUUUUAAAACAAAAUCACGAUUUGCUUCAUGAACAGUUGCUGACUAAUUUUCAACAGCGUAUUUAUGAUCCCGAUGAAGAAGUCCGACUUUUAGCUUUAAGGACAAUGACUGCUCUUAUCAAACAAUCCGAAAGAGAAGUUAGCGACAAUGCAUUUGAACUUUUAAAGGAACGUUCUCGAGACAAGACUCUAUCUAUCCGUAAAGAAGCUUCUUCUACUUUAGCUUCUUUGUAUAAAAGUGGUUUACAGUCAGAAUGGUUAUCCGCUACAAAGUCAGCUUCUGCAUUAAAUACAAUUUUGCAUCUUUAUUAUCAGAAAUCACCGGAUGACAAGCUUAUCGUUGAACGGUUAUUGAAAAGUUCGAUCAUUCCGUACCAUUUUGAAAAUGCUGUCCGUGUACGGGCCUUGUUUCGCUGUUACAGUCUGAUGGAUGAGGCUUCAAUUAAAGCGAUGCAGGAAAUUUUUAAGACCCAAUACGUUGCUCUCAAACUUCUUCGUGAUGUCGUCAAGUUGUUAACUGAUCAACGCGAUGAAAAAAUUCCUUCUGAAGUAAAUGUUGAAAUAAUGAGUGCCAUACAGCAUCUUAGCAUUUUGAUACCGAAAUCAGAAAAGUCAGUUGAACAUCUGAAACGUUUCUUCAAUCAAGUUCAUGCAGAUAAAACCCUAAGGAAUCAUUUACUUAAACUGACCAAGCUACAAACCACAUGUACUCAGGCAACAACAGCAUUAAGGGAUAUAUUGAAAAAAAUAGGAAUGACUACAGAAAAUCCAAAUAGCGUCAACGAUAACCAAACAAACUAUGUACGUGUUGUAAAGAUUUUAUUGGAACGAUGUGCACCUGUUCUUUUUGAUCGUAAUUUUGGCAUGGAACUAGUCAGUCAGCUAUCCAUCAUUAAAAAGACUGGUUACCUAUCUGGGUCUACUGAACGUAUGGAUGUAACACGUUCACUACGAUUGUUACUUGGAGUGUCUGUUUAUUUUAAAGAGAUAUUACCUUCAAAUGAAGUUAUGGAUUACCUACUCUGUAUUUUAUCCGAUAGAAACUCUUCAGUGAUUAAUGAAGGUAUCGAUGAAAUUGAAUCAACAUCAACUUACUCAGAUUCUUAUAACGAUUCGUAUGCACUGCAAGAAAUGGCUUUAAGUAUCUUGUGUUGUGUACUUGGUGGAGGUCCAAGUGGUAUAUUUAAUAAUACUGAUUUAACUGAACCCCUUCAAAAUAUCACUGACCAAGAAACUCUUAAUAUUUACGCUCAGUUAAGUGAACGUUCAGAAGAAUUACUACCAAUUUUACGUCGUUUUUGCUGUACAGGAAUCACUUGCACUUCUGUGGAAUCAUGUCACGAUAGAGAAGUCACAGAAAAGUCUAUAAAAAAUAAUCGAAAAGUGACAAAACAUGCAGCGAAAAUUCCUUCAUCCAAAUUAAAUACUGAAAAUGUUUCAUAUAGUGGUGUUAUUUGGCGUCGUGAACGCCGUCGUUCCAAGCUGUCAAUACGUAUACUGUUUUGUUUGUACAACGUUGUACGUCAGUUAUUGAAUUCAAAGAGUAAACCUAAUUCAAAUGAUGAUAUAGAUUUGGAUGAGGAACCUAAUACAUCUACAAUAAGUGAUCAUUUAACUAAUGACGUAAAAAGAUUAUCUGCUUUAAAAUCGAACAUUGAUGAAAUCCUCAAUGAUAUUGUUCAGGCUUGUAUUUCAUGUCCUAUUCUAUCCAACGAUUACAUAGCUUGCCUCACUUCAUUAAGUCAUAUUGCUUUAUUAUUUCCUGAUGUUUACAACGAAGAUAUUAAAACUUUGAUCACAAAAUCUUUGGUACAACAAGUAUUGACAAUUGAACCAGAUGAUCUGCCGAAUCAAGAACAAGAAAAAGACAAAACACAAAUGAAAAAUAUUUCAUCAAAAAACUUAUCAAAUCAACCCAAGGCUGAAUGCAAUACCCUCAGUUCCUGGUUACCUGACAGUUUAAUCAGUAAUUUAACAAGAGCAAAGAUUUCAGCCAUUAAACUAAUAACGAAUUGGUUGGUAGGUUUGAAAAAUGAAGUGAAACCUGUUGUUCAAGUUAUUAUUCGACUUCUUUAUCGUAUAAUUAUCCAUGAUGGCGAUUUGACAAAAGGUGGUAAACUAACAUACGGUGAAAUGUCUAGGUUACGCUUAGUUGCCGCUACAUCUUGGUUAAAACUUGCACAUUCUCAAGAUUAUGUUGAAUGUAUCGAAAUUGGCUGGUAUUUGUCAAUGAGUUAUAUUCUUUGUGAUCCAUGUCCUCAAGUGCGUUCUCAUUUUCUGACUAAACUCAAUAAGGGUUUAUAUAAAUUGAGUCUUCCUCUUGAAUACAUGGCUAUUUUCGCACAUUCUGCUAACGUGUCAGAACUUGCAUUUAAACAACGUGCAAAGCAACUUUUUAUUGCAAACAUUCAGCGGCGUCGAGCAUUCUUAAACAAACAUCCUUCGUAUUUCCGUGAUGGCAAGUUUUUAUUUGGUCUGUUACCCGACUAUGUAUUGCCGUAUACGAUUUACCUACUCUCUCAUGAUUCCAAAUGGACUAAACUGGAUGAUGUAGAAAUACUUAAUAAAAUUAAAAGUGCUUUAUGGUUCAUAAUGGAACCUAUUAUGUCUCAUGGUGAAAAUUUCAGUUUUCUACGAAAAAUUAUUGAGAAAAUCAAAUAUGCACGAGAUGCCCUUCAUCCUGAUGAUAGUCUGGUUAAUGAGAAAAUGUAUACUGUAUGUGAUAUUUCUUUGGGUCUGUUAUUAUCGCGUUGUAUUAACCCAACAAUUAAAGAAUAUCCAGUGGAUGUCAAGCUACCUAAAACUCUUUUUACUUCUGCACCUAGUGAUUUUCGUAAUCCUGACUUUAAGCAAUUGUUGAAUAUCGGUUUAGAAAGUGGAACGCAAACUGGUACAGACAUUAUAAACACACCUUUGGAAAUGUCCAUCAAGAAUAAACCCCAACCAAUCUUACAGUUCACUCCUAACAAACAUACAAAAGCAUUUAAAGAAGGGUUGAUCCCUCCUGAGCUUGUAAAAUCCAAAGGCGUUACAUCAAAGUCAAGGAAAAAAGCAAAAGAAAUAGCCAAUCUUAAGAAAAAGGAGACACAUGAAGUGGAUUCCAACACUAAAUCAGUUGAUGACAUCGAUGAUCUACCAGAACAUGAAAGCAUGGACAAUAAUGAUAGCUCUCUGUCAGAUACACGAGAUAAAAUCAUGGGUCAGGAACAGAUCAUACCCGUUUGUACUGGAUCUACCAGUAGUGACAUUUCAUCUUCAAAAACUAAUCAUAAAUUUUGUGACGAUGCUAGUACGGAAACACAGGAAGUGAGGUUAUCUUCCUCCAACGGAUCUAUACAUAAAAAAAAGCGUCAAAACUCAACUUCACCAGAAAAUCUUAAGCGCCCACGGGUUAGUAAAUUACCGGACUCAAAUUCGAACAAAAAACAAUCCACACUUGAUUGCGUUCUAAAAGUUAAUAAAAUAUCCUCAAACAAAACCUCACUGCGGGUGAAGGAUACAGGUCAAGAAUUGUCCGCCGUCAAAGUUAAACGAACCGCGAAAUCUAAUCCAGCAAAGCUAAAUCAAUUCCAACCUACGGAGGUACCUUGUCCCAAUGAAAAUCCCAAAAAGAAUAUUAAAUCUUCCACAUCAUCCCAUACAAACGACCAAAAUGUUUCAUUAAGAUCGAAAAAUCCAGAAACUUCAGAAAAUUCUCAGAAGCUUACCAGCAAUCCAGAAAAAUCCUCACAUUCUGCUAAUAAAAGACUUCUCAGAAGUAAAACAAGAAGUUCAUUGAAACUGAGAACUACUAAACGUACAAACCUUCCGGAUACCCUGUCGAGGAGGCCAUCCUCGAGAAUAAGUGCGAUAGUUGCCAAACAGAAGCUCUUAACUCCAAUGUCUCAGUCCAGCUCAAACUCACCGUCUCAAGUGACUCCAAAACAGAAGUAA